AUUAUAAACUUGAUUCGCUGCGCUGCGGCUCAGGCGCAGAACCGUGACUGGCCAGAGCUGUAUGACAAAGCUCUGUAUCUAGUUGAAUCGACCAAUCCACUACUGCACAGCAAAUGUGCUCACCUGGGGAAGGCGCAGGCGCUGUUGUUGAGGAUCCCGCCAUUUAGACCCUAAAUUUGAGGCUCGCCAAGCCAUGGCUGGUACUUCGGGCGGCUACUAUAACAGCCGAUGCAGCCUGCCGUCAGCAUGGGAGACGCGCGUGACGGGCAUCCGGAAUCAGUCAGCAAUUCAGUACCUGAAGGUGGACGGCUUGCGGGUGCGGUACGUGGGCCCCGGCGAGGAUGACACGCAGGCUGCUACUAUUCGCUCCAACUACCCGCUGCCAGCGGACGUGCCACUCUUCUACUUCGAGGUCACAGUGCUGGACAGGGGGCAGGAGGGCUACAUUGGUGUGGGGCUGUGCACGGACUCGGUGCUGCUGACGCGGCUGCCGGGAUGGGACCCGCACUCGUACGGAUACCACGCAGACGACGGCCAUGCCUUCGCGGGCAGCGGCACGGGACGUCCGUACGGCCCCGGAUACGGCGUGGGUGACGUUAUCGGCGUGCUGUACGACAGAUCCAGCCGUACCAUCUCGUACUUCAAGAACGGGCUGCCGCUUGGCCCCGCGUUCCCGGACGUGGCUGAGAGCGCGCCGCUGUACCCGUGCGUGGGGCUGCGGACACGAGGCGAGGAGGUGGUUGUCAACUUCGGCAGCGCGGGGCCCUCGGCGGAGCCCUUCCGCACUGACCUGGCCGCGCUGAGGGCCACCUUCCAGCGCCACGUGCUCUCCAGCAUCCGCAACACCAAACUGCCACUCCUCGCCACGCCCACACCCGCACCCGCCGCCCCGCCGCCUUCCUUCGGCGCCGCCGCAUCCUCGCCCUCGCCCUUGGCAGCCUCACCCUCACCUGCCACCACCUCUGCUGCUGGUUUAACGGGAGCCGCAGCCGCCGGCGCUGCUACAGCCUCCGCUGCGGGCACAGGCAGUAGCACAGCCGCCUCGGUCGUUGGCAGCAGCAGUCGGCCGCUGCUGCCGCACCUGCUGUACGACUACCUCGUACACCAGCGGUACGCGGGCACUGCGGCGGCGGUGGCGCGGGACAUGCUGCGGGGCCAGCCGGCCCUGGGCGAGGCUGAGCUGUCUGACAUGCGGCUGCGGGGGGCGGUCAGCGAGGCGGUGGCGGGCGGCGACGUGGACGGCGCGCUGGAGCUGCUGCAGCUGCACACGCAGUACGCACAGGUGCUAGCAGACCGUCCCUCGUUGGACUUCCGACUUCGGCUGCAGCGGUUUGUGGAGAUGGUGGGGGCAGCCACCACAGCAGCAGCAGCGGCCGCAGCAGCAGGGGAGUCCGCAGCAGCGGCAGGAUCAGCCGGGCCAGGGGCUGGCGCGAACGGGUCCGCAUCAGGGUCAGCGGCGACUGCGGCUGCGGCAAUGGAGGUGUCGAGCGCUUCCGCGCCCACGCCCACGUCCACGCCAGCAGCCGCGCCCCACGUGACGAAUGGAGCCACAAGCUCCGCCGCGGCGGCUGCAGGGACGGCUACAGCGGUGGCGCAUAGGGGCGGCGUUGCGUCGACGUCGGCUGGGGCAACGGGGGAAGGAGCGGUGACGGCGGGGGGUUCGGGGCAGGCGCCCACGACACGCGACAUCCUGGCGUACGGCACGCAGGAGCUGUGGGGCAGGUGCCGUACACCCGCGGACCGGGACCUGCUGACGGACGCGCUGUCGCUGUUGGCCUUCCACGACCCCGCCGCCUCGCCCGCUGGAUACCUGCUGCGGCCGGCGCACCGGGCCGCUCUGGCCGAGGAGCUGGACGGCGCGCUGCUGGCCGCCGCCGGCCGCCCCCCGCACAGUGCCCUGGAGCGCCUGUUCCAGCAGGCCGCAUGCUGCGUGGCGGAGCUGAAGCGGGGAGACCACCCGCAGGCCCUGGCACUGCCUGAUCCGCGGGUGCUGGUGCUGGAGCCACCGCCCGCGCUGUCCGCAGCCUUGGCGGCGCCGCCGGGGAACCUGGCGGCGGAGGUGGGCGCGGGCAGCGCCGGCGCUGGCGCCGCCGCCGCCGCAUCUGGAACCGAGUCCAUGUCAAUGUAGAGCUGUGACGUAGGAACUGCAACGCAACCUAUUCGAGUCGAAGGCUUGUCGCAUUCAACGCAUUUGCGGGUGGUUGUUUCGGCGGUUGAUGCGCCUGUGGCGAGUUGUCAGGCUGCAAGGCCGCACACUGCAAACAGCACCACGGGAUCGCGGCUGGGGCUGGCAGGGGCCUGUGUGUCCUGCCUGGUCCACGCGGUCUGAAAUCCCGUGCUGGGCGGUUUUGGACUCGGGUUUGUGCAACUUGUAGCGUACCUGGGGCACAUGGCGCAGGCGUGCGUGGCUACGCUAGGGGUCUGAGUGUCGGACAGCGCUGUGCGCGGCGAGGACGAUGGCGACGUGUGCAGUUGUUGGGCCAGCAGGUGUGAUAGUAUUGCAGGGUUUCCUCCCGUGUUUUCCUCCUGAAAGCUGAAAGGAGAUAUUAAACCGGUGG